AGCUGGGCUCGCGGCCCCAGCACCCCCCAUCCCAGUCUCGGGCACCGAUCGGACACCGCAGUGCCCCGGCCCUGGGGGUCGGGCCGGGGCGGGGCGAUCGGCCCAGCAGGCGCCCCCGGGUCGCCAUGGCCCCCGCCAAGGCCGGGCGCCCCCGCGGGGCCGGCGCGCGGCAGGGCUGAGGCGCAGCUCGGCAGGGCCGGGGGCGCCGCUGGGUGGGCGCGCGCGCGGGGUUGGGAGCGGAGACCGGCAUCAUGGAGCCGCCGGCCGCCCCUUCGGAGAGGAGCCUGUCUCUGUCCCUGCCCGGGCCCCGGGAGGGCCAGGCCACCCUGAAGCCGCCCCCCCAGCACCUGUGGCGGCAGCCGCGGACCCCCAUCCGCAUCCAGCAGCGCGGCUACUCGGACAGUGCGGAGCGCGCCGAGCCCGAGCGGCCGCCGCACCGGCCCAUGGAGCGCGCCGACGCCGUGGACACGGGCGACCGGCCCGGCCUGCGCACAACCCGCAUGUCCUGGCCCUCGUCCUUCCACGGCACCGGCGGCGGAGGCGGCGGCAGGCGCUACGAGGGGGAGAAUGGGCCGACGCCUUCGCCGGGCCGCAGCCCCCUGGACUCGCAGGCGAGCCCGGGGCUCGUUCUGCACGCCGGGGGAGUCACCGGCCAGCGCCGGGAGUCCUUCCUCUACCGCUCGGACAGCGACUACGACAUGUCCCCCAAGACCAUGUCCCGGAACUCCUCUGUCACCAGCGAGGCGCAUGCUGAGGACCUCAUCGUUACGCCAUUUGCUCAGGUGCUGGCCAGUCUCCGUAGCGUUCGAAGCAACUUCUCACUCCUGACCAACGUGCCCACUCCCAACAAUAAGCGGUCCCCACUGGGCGCUCCAACCCCUGUCUGCAAGGCCACGCUGUCAGAGGAGACAUGCCAGCAGUUGGCCCGCGAGACGCUGGAGGAGCUGGACUGGUGCCUGGAGCAACUGGAGACCAUGCAGACCUACCGCUCUGUCAGCGAGAUGGCUUCGCACAAGUUCAAGAGGAUGCUGAACCGGGAGCUCACACACCUGUCAGAGAUGAGCAGGUCGGGAAACCAAGUCUCAGAGUAUAUUUCCACAACUUUCCUGGACAAACAAAAUGAAGUUGAGAUCCCAUCACCUACGAUGAAGGAGCAAGAAACCCAGGAAAUGCCCCCAAAGAAACCCUCCCAGCACCCCUUGCCCCCAGUACCUCAGUUCCAGCCCAUGUCCCAGAUCACAGGAGUGAAGAAGCUCAUGUACAGCAGUGGCCUCAACAAUGCUGGCAUCCCACGUUUUGGGGUGAAGACGGAUCAAGAAGAGCUCCUGGCCCAAGAACUGGAAAAUUUGAGCAAGUGGGGGCUGAACAUCUUCUGCGUGUCUGAUUAUGCAGGAGGCCGCUCACUCAGCUGUAUCAUGUACACCAUAUUCCAGGAGCGGGACCUGCUGAAGAAAUUCCGAAUCCCCGUGGACACAAUGGUGACGUACAUGCUGACGUUGGAAGAUCACUACCAUGCUGAUGUGGCCUACCACAACAGCCUGCACGCAGCCGACGUGCUGCAGUCCACCCACGUGCUGCUCGCCACGCCUGCGCUGGACGCGGUGUUCACAGACCUGGAAAUUCUGGCAGCCCUCUUUGCAGCUGCCAUCCACGACGUGGACCACCCUGGAGUCUCCAACCAGUUUCUCAUCAACACGAAUUCAGAGCUGGCGCUCAUGUACAACGAUGAGUCGGUGCUGGAGAAUCACCACCUGGCUGUGGGCUUCAAGCUGCUGCAGGAGGAGAACUGUGACAUCUUCCAGAACCUCAGCAAGCGCCAGCGACAGAGCCUUCGCAAGAUGGUCAUUGACAUGGUGCUGGCCACAGACAUGUCCAAGCACAUGACUCUCCUGGCUGACCUGAAGACCAUGGUGGAGACGAAGAAAGUUACCAGCUCUGGGGUUCUCCUCCUGGACAACUACUCUGACCGCAUCCAGGUCCUUCGGAAUAUGGUCCACUGUGCAGACCUGAGCAACCCCACAAAGCCAUUGGAGCUGUACCGCCAGUGGACCGACCGCAUCAUGGCUGAGUUCUUCCAGCAGGGGGACCGGGAACGUGAGCGUGGCAUGGAGAUCAGCCCCAUGUGUGACAAGCACACAGCGUCGGUGGAGAAGUCUCAGGUGGGCUUCAUCGACUACAUCGUGCACCCCUUGUGGGAGACGUGGGCAGACCUCGUACACCCCGAUGCCCAGGAGAUCCUAGACACUUUGGAGGACAACCGGGACUGGUAUUACAGCGCCAUUCGGCAGAGCCCAUCGCCACCCCCUGAAGAGGAGGAGCCCGGGGGGGCCCGGCACCCCGCCGCUCCUGACAAGUUCCAGUUUGAGCUGACACUGGAGGAGGAGGACGAGGAGCAGCCGCCAGCGUGCCAGGACGCUUCGGAAGCCUGCGAGGGCGAGGGCCCGGUCCCCCCGGGGCUGGAUGCCCACGACCGGCCCGCGCCACCCAGGGAAGCCGUGGGCGGCGGCAGCUCCUCUGGCCCGGCCCUUGGCAGCGCCCCGAGCUUGAGGACCCCCCCCAGCCCACCCAAGGCCCCGGGCCUCGCGGGCCUCCCCUCCCCGGCGGCCGAGGCGGGGGCCCCGAAAGACCACCGGGCUGCCAAGAGGGCCUGCCGGGCCUGCUCCUCGGGGACCCCGGAGGAGGCCCCGGCCCUGCCCCCGGCUCCAGGUGGCUGGGACCCCACCUGAGCCCCCGCGACCUGGGGCGUCCCCGGACCCCUGCGCCCCACCACCCCGCGCCGCCGCUGCCCCAAAGACUCAUCGCCCUCCUGAGAAAAAAGAAAACGGAAAAGUGGGGGGUUCUCGCUUUUCUUUGCUUCCCCUAGGCUGCCGCUACACCCCCCCCCCACCGUGGGGCCUUUGGAUGGAGGUGGUGAGGGCCCCCCAAGUCCCGGGAGGGAUUUUAUUUUUUCAAUAUUAAUUGUAACAUUUUUAAGAAAAAGAGAAAAAGAAAAAAAAAAAGAAUGAAACACGGCAACUGUAGACCACCCCCCUUUCCUGGCUCCCCGUGUCCCAGCCCCUCACCCUAAUCUCCCCCACCUUCCUCCCGGCCCCCCCCCCCCAAGUCUGUCUUCCGUCUUGCUGGGUUUUUCUAAGGGCCCAGGCAUGGAUGAAGGCCAUGUUCCAGGGUCUGAUUGGGUGGAGGGGGGAGACUCCAGAACCAGGCUGUGAAUCCAUAGCCAUCCUCCGGGGAGGGCUCAGUGAGGAGGGGACUCCACUGAACCCCAGAGUAGUCUUCCACCUCAUCUUAUUUUUUACCACUCUAGCCAUAGGGAGCAGGAGUCAGGGAAGCUGUUGCCAGUCAGCCUCAUGCUUCAGAUCUGAGGAGACCCUGACCCCGCCCCCCCCCCCCACUUUCCAAUUGCUGUCCCCCCAUCCCAGUCUACUUUGCAUUUACUGUUAAGGAAAGGGGGCUCCGACCUCACAUAUGCUCCUUCCAGCUCUUCUCCUCCUGUUUCUGCCUUAAGGGGACCCCCUGUGGAAAGGGGAGACCUGGUGGCAGUGGUCCUCCCGUCAUCUGAGGUGGGGCCAGGCCCAGGCCCCCAUUCCAGGCACCCCCUCCCUGUGUCCUGCACCCCUCCACGUGGACCCAGACCCAUGCCCCCUUUUGCCCUAGGAGGAAGCAAUAACAAUAUGUACCCCCAGAACCCCUGUCCUUGGGCAGUCUUCCACCCUGGCACCAAAGCAAUCCUCCUGUUGUCCCCCAACUUUGCAGAGCUCAUCCCCCCCCCUCCAGCUAUUCCCUGAGCAAUACGACAAGCCAUGGGGGGAGCAUUGGGAAGGGAAGCCCUCACACACACCCUUAUUUCAUUCUGUCCCCCAAUUCUGUGCACAUGGUACUGUAAUCCCCACAGUCAGUCUGUCCACCCACUUCCCCUUCACCCCAUAAUGUACAGUCUUUUUUUCUUUUUUGUACAUACUUUACAAAGUUGGUUUGUAAAUUAUUUUUCAGAGGCAACAAAAAAGGAAAAACAACUCGCCUCUCCCUAGCCAACCUGGUGGGAAAGUGGAGAGGGGUCCCCGGGGGGGUCCCCUCACUUCUAAUGUAUAAUACAAACUGUACCAUAGUCCCAGGAAGGAGUAGGCGGCUCCCUGUGCUGUCACAGGAAAUGGUCCGAGAGGGACCGCGUCUGGGUGGACCUGUCCAGCAGGCCUGGGGGGCUGGUCACACCCCAAGCCAGGGGCUCCUCUCCACCCCCAGUGCUGCUCUGCUGGAUGAUCAAUUGGUCUGUGGAUUGAUAAGGCUCUGAUCUUGUUACCAAUUAAACCCAGGCUUUCACUGAG